AUGGGCAUAUCACCAAGUGUCGGGUGUUUAGAAGUGCGAAGCUUCUUCUGGCUUUUCCACCUCACUUCUUCAUCUGCUCCUUACCCCCCAGAUCCUCCUGGUCGACACUCGCGAUCUCUUGCUGAUACCCCAAGCGCCAGGUACAAUGGUUUCCCAGCAAGAACUAGAUGCGAUUGGCACCUGCAGAGAAAGAGAACAUAUCAAGCUGACAUCUCAACGCAGGUCACAGUGGGCGUCUUCUUUGCCUUGUCCAUCCUGUCGGUAGUUGCAAGAGUAGCCAUCCGCCUCAAGACGCUGAGGCGAUUAUCUUUGGAUGAUUAUCUCUUGUUUAUGGCAGCCACAGCCCUAACGGUGACAACCGGCCUGCUUCUUCACAGCUGCGACCGCAUCUAUCUCUCGGCCGCGCUCCAGAAAGACCCUGCACUAGCCUUUCUAAUCAGUUCGGAGCUCUUGAUGGACCUUCUGAAUCAUGCAACACAGCAGUUUCACACCUUCCUCAUCCUUGCAUGGACCGCAAUCUUCUUCGUCAAAUUCUCCUUCCUCGCCUUCUUCCGGCAAUUGAUCUGGAAGACAAGGGUCCAACGCUAUUACUGGGCCGUAGUAGGGAUCACCAUCGUCUCGUACCUUUUCUUUGUGGCAGAGCCAUUUAUUCUGUGUUCCGAAUUUGGGAUUAAGGCUCGUAAGUUCUUCUCAAUACUUCUUACUCCCACCAGUCAACAGCGGUGUUCAUUUUAUCCCAAUCAUUAUUCUCUACCAAGCAAAGAUCCGGACCCGACAAAAGGUGGCCCUUGGGAUGUUUCUCUGCCUGUCCUUGGUCAUGGUGUGUAUUGCCAUCACAAGGGCCAGCAAAAUUAA